AUGUUGAGAAUAGUAAUCCUAAGGUUCAAGCCAUGCAUAAAGCAGAUAGAUAAAGGCUAGAAUGAAUUGCUACUUUCUAAAUGCAUUAGCAGAGAACAUCAAUUAGUUGUGAAAAAUUUUAAGAAAAUCUCUAUUUAGUGUAAAUAAAGUUAUUAAAAUAAUAUAAAAAAAAAGCUUAAGGAAUUAGGUUUUGUGAUAAAUUUAAAUUUAAUAAAAAUGAUCAUAUUUUCAUUUCUUAUUUCAAUAGCAAUUGCAUGCAAGUAAUGAUUCGGAAUACCUUAGUUCGUUGAGUGAAUCUGAAUCUAUAAAUUUGGAGAAUGGAAAGAAAUAAGAAUUAUGUUUUAAAGUGAAUACAAAUUUACCAACGAUAGUUUAAUUAGUGAGAUAUGUGGAUGAAGGUUCCAAGAAAAAAAAGAAGAAGGGCAGCAAAGAAGAAGAAGAGGAUGAUGAAAAUAUAUUAAUUUAUGGUAACUAUUGUUUAUAAUACAAUAUAGAGGAAGUAGCAGUAGGUUAGUGUAAAUUAAAGCAAGGACAGAGAGUAUGUUAUUUUGAAAAAGGGAAAGAUAGAUUAGAAGUUGAUUUAUAGUGUACAAAAGGACCAUGUAAAUUCAAUGUAAUUGUUUUGCAGGAGGAGGUGAAACAAUUGCAAAUUGGUAAGCAAUCAAAGUAGAAAUUGAAAUUAUUGAAAAUCGCUUAGAAUUCCAAUUAUAGAGUAGUUUAUUCUAUAAAAUGUAAUAAUCACGUCAUUACUAAUGCGGAUCUAUGGUAUUUUGGGGAGGAGCCAACUAUUAUGUAAAGUGACACUAGAUUCGUAGCAGUGUAUUAUGAUGGGAUAGAGAGUGAAACAACUUUGAUUUUGAUUGGGGAAUAGGAAUUUGAAAUUGAAAGAUUUGAAUAUGUGAAAUAACAGAAGUUGAAUGUUAAUUAAAUAAUGAUUGAUGCAGUAGAGAAAUCAAAAAAGAAUGAAUAUCUAAUUGAAGGUUAAAAAGUGGUAAAACUCAAAUCUCAUACACAUGAAAUCUUGAAGAUUAAAGUAAGGAAUCAAAAGGGAGAACUCAUAAUAGAUCAAGUUAUUAAUACAUACAAGCAUCGAAAUUAUAAUUUAUUAUGGAAUGAAUAAUUCGCAAGUUUAGAAUUAAGUUCUAAUAAUAAGCUUAGUUAUUAAAUAGAUGUAAUAGAACAAACUGAUUUAAUUUCUAUUGAAGGUAAUGAUUUAGCAAUGGGACAAAAACAUGGGAUUGUGAACUAUAAAUUGAAACUACUUGAUAUCAAAGACAAUCAUUUUACAGUGUCAGCAGAUAGUUCAGAAGAUAUUUCGGUUUAAGUGAAGCCUUGUAAAGGUAGCAAAUGUGAAUCUAUUGAUAAAAUUAAAAAUGGAGAAUCGUAUCAGUCUGUAGAAUAAAAUUGUGAAAGUCCAGAUAAGGAUAAUUACUGUUGGUUUAUAAUUGCUGUGGAUAGUUAAGGCAUAUAUAGUCUGAAUAUUGAUGACAAUAAUGAAGCCAAAAUGUUAUAAGAGAAUCAAAUGAUGAAUUCUGAGAUUGAUGAAGAGGAGAAACAUUAUUUCAAAUUCAAUUUAGCAAAUUCCUAAAAUUAUAGUUCAGUCAUUUUUAGAGUCACCUCUGAAAAUGUUUAAAUUCUAGUAAGUAGAUCAUCUAAGUGUUAAUUGGUUAAUUGGAAGUGUUAUGAAUAUAGUGGAACCAGUGAAUAACCAAUUAGUUUGAGUGAUUCUCAAUUAAAAGAUGGUUAAUAUUCCAUUACAAUUAAAGGAAUGGAAUUGGCAAAGUAUGGGUUGAUCAUAGAAACUCAUCCAAAGGAUAAGAUCAAUAUUAUAAGUAUCAGCAAAGGGUAGAUUUAUAAAUCAUCAAUCAAUUCUAAUUAAAAGAAAUAAUGUUUUAAAUAUUAAUAGACUAUUAAAGGAGUUCUAACACUGUUAAUCCAUGGACCUAAUCAGAAACUUGUGAGUUAUGCUAAUAUUGACACAGAUGAUGAAAUUCCAACCAAAGGAGAUUAUGAUGUGAUUACAGGAAAUUCUGCAUUGCAAUUAGUUAGUGAUAGAUUUAUUGCAUGUGUCGAAAUGUAGGUUUAGAAUAAUAAAGAUGUUAAAAAUGAGACUUAUUAUAAUGACAUCAAAUUUUCACUCGUUUUAUACGAUGCUUAAUCAGUCAUUAAUUUAGAAUUCAAUUCAGCCUAUUAUGGAUAAGUAGCAUUUACAGAAUAGUAAAGAUUCUCAUUUUUGAGUUACUUCGACGAAGAUGUUGUUUAUAUCACUAAGAACAUUCUAUCAAGUGGAGAUGUCAAUAAAGACUUAUAAGUGUAUGUUGGAAAUAUGUUAUAUGAGGAUCUGGAUCAAUAUGAAUAUAAGUUUUUUGAUAAUGAAGUCAGUACUUUUUCACUUUCAAGUGAGAAAAUGAAGAAAUUAUGUGACAUAGAUAACAAUGACUAAGUCACUUUUAAUCAUGACAGAAUCACUCAUCUAUGUGAAAUAUUUAUUGUUGUUAAAAGUAUAUCCAAAACUCCAGUCAGAUACACUUUAACAAUUCAUAAAUAAGAUUUGGCCAUCCAAUUGACUGAUGGAUUACAGCAAUCUUACAAUUUGUAGAAUAUUGAAGAGUUUAUGCAUUUCUAUUAUUAACCUAAUUCGAAGACUGCUGAUGUGAAUUUAUUUGCAUCUACUUUUUUUGGUAAAUUCAUUUUGCAUUUAAACAUUUGGAAAUAGAAUAAGGCUUCUCACAAAUCUGAUUGGCCAUUUAUUGAUAAAGAAGAUGAUUCAGAUAUUUCCAGUGGCUCAACAAAUCAAAUACACAGAACUCUCAAAUCAGUAGCAUUAGAUUAAUGUUGGCCGGACUGUAUACUAUUGAUAUCAGUUUAAAAGGUUGAAGAUCCCUAAAAAAUAGUGUAAAACUUCAAUGAUUAAUUCCAUAUUAUGAUUAAUUAAGGAAUGUAGGAUGUGAUAGAAGGCUAAAAGUAUGAAGUUUCAAUUAAAAGCAAAGAGUCUGUUUAUUUCACAUUUAAGAAUUUGUAAAAGUUCAGAGAUGAUACUUAUCUUACAUUCUCUGUGUUGUAAAUAAUAGGGAAUGUCUAUUUUACAAUAAGUGUGAACGGUGGGGAAUAUUUCGAAUUACCCAAUAUUUUUGGAUCUUUUGACUUCCAUUCAGAUGGAUCCUACUACCAAUUAUCUAAAGAUAAGUUGAAUGAGAAACUAAAGGAGAAAAACAUAUCAAUUUAGGAUGCUUAUUUGAUCAUCUCAAUUUCAGGAUUGCAAAGUUAUUACAAUCCCAUAGAGCAAUCAAUUAAAUUGGAGUUCACAAUUUCGUAUAUGAAUAUGGAUUACAUUCAAAUUAUGCAUAGUCAACCUAAUGCGAUUCAUGCAAAAUAUCAACAUCCUACAAUUGUCUAAUUUUAUAAUUAUCUUAAUCAAGAUAUCUUCAUUAAAUUACAUCGAUUUUUGGGAUAUGGAUCAAUGUCGGUUUUCAUUUGUAAUCAGUAGAGUAACAUUGCUGAAUGUGUGAAGGAAAGUAAUGAUGCAGAAUUCAAGUAUCUUGCCACCGUUUUGGCUGCUGGAAAUGAGAAUUCCUAAAUCUUGAUUUAAGCUAACGAUAAAAAUAAAUUCUGCAUUUAUUGCACAUACAUCAUCAAAAUAGAAUCAUAGGAAUAAGAAUUGCAAGGUCAAUUAACUGUGGUGUUGGAAAAUGACUUUGUUAAAUUGCCAGCUGGAGUUUAAUACAGUGAUUAUGUUGAAAAAUAAAGUUCCUCCUAAUUUUCCAUUUUCUUUACUUAAGACAGCAAAAUUGAAAUAUUUAUAUAAAUAUUCACAGGAGAUCCCAUUGUCUAAUAUUCAUUUAAUUAAAAUAAUUUGAAUUCCAGUUAAAUUAUCAAGGCUUACCCAAAUAAUCAAUAUAUCCAUAUAACUGUUCCAAGUUAAAUGUUAUUGAAUUACCAAGAAGAUACAGAUUAAGGUUCAUUAAAUAAAAAGAAUAACAAAAAGUAAGAAGAUGAAAUAGGUCUAUUGCCAUCCCACUUCGUUCAUGAUGAGUUAUUCGUCAAGGUUUCCACAAAAUCCAAUACUCCCUGCAAUUACACUAUUUACUAUACUAGUGAUUUCGUUAAUGGAAAAUUGCAAGAUGGCAGAAUACAUUUAGCCAUUAUCGAACAUAAUAUCACAUUUUUGUAUGAAAAUUACGACGAAUAGAUAUCUGUACUCAAUCUAGCUCCUUUGAAUCAAACAUCGCUAUAGGAUGUUGAAAUAAAGGUUUUUUAUAUCAAAAAGUAGUCAUUUGAUGAUUAUCACUUUGAGUUUUUAGAAGAAAUUCCCAUCAAAACUAGAUUGAUACAUCCUCUCUCGAGUAGUUAUGAAUUGCCUAAAGAUAAAGGAAUUUAUGAGAUUAUUUUAAACAAUAAGAAUUAUAUUGAAAAUGGAGAAGCAACUAAUCCUACCUAAUUUAUUGAGAUAAGUGCAUCCACCAAUGAUAUUAGAAUCUUACCAAUCUAAAGACAUCACAGUGGGUAUAUCCGACCAGAUGAUUUCGACUAUUAUGAAACUUAUGCUCCAUCAGAAGGGUAUUUAGCAGUUGAAAUAUACUCAUGCUCAUCUGAUAUCAAUUUUAGCUUCUCCAAAUCAGACAUUUAAUCUUUCAUUGAUGAAGAUUAUGAUGAAUCAAUUGAUAUUCCAGAAAAAGAUUAUCAUGUUGAAAUGAUAUCAGUUGAGAAAGGGACUUUGUGGAUUGCCAUCACUGGAACCUCCACCACAUCCUCGUAUUAUCAUAUUACAAAUCAUUUCUAUUAAAACAGAAAAGAUAUACCUUUUGGUAGGAUAUUGGCUGGCAAUGAUGGUCACAUUAAGUGGAAAUUAGAUAAAUAAAAAGCUGAUUCAAUACAAAUAGAGUUUGAACAUGCGACUUGUAAUAAAUGCAAUUUGGAGGGAGUACAAAUUAAUUAUCACAUAUUUAUUGCUCAAGAUGAAAAGAAACUCUAAAUGUUAGGUUACUGUGGCAAUGAAUAAUUUGAAAGUCAUAAGGCAAAUGAUGAAAAAAUCUUCAAAAAAAGUAUACAAUCCUAUCGCUUAGCUGAUCAUAAUGGAAGUAUCGUUUAUGAAAUUGAAUUUCCUAAUUUAGUCACAUAUGAAUAAGCAUCAAUCGGAGUGUUUGCAACAGUGGAUAAUUUCAUGAAGUACUUACUUAUUUUUAUACCUUUAGUUCUACUUCCUAAAUUAAAGUAUUUUAUCGAACCAUCUAAGUACCUGUUCCAAAUUAUUUUGCCAAAUUUUUAAACCAUAAUAGAACUUUUUUAACCUUCUUAAUUAUUGGUUUGAUUUUUUUAAUAGCAUUACUGACUCUUUGGUUAUGCUAUUAUAUAAAACGGUAAAUAAGAUUAUUUAUGUAUUCUUAGAUACAGGAACACAAAAUGUAAGUUGGAUUAUUAAUUGGAACAGGGAGCCAAAAUUAUUGCUUCCAGCAAAUUACCUCAGAGUGAUGAUGCAGAAUUCUAAAAUGAUUUUAAAAUGAAAUACGAGACAUUUGAAGAAGACUGA